ACCACCCACUUUCAUGAUGCACUCUGAGUGACACAUAGUCAGUCUUUCUUCACCCUCAAACUACUAUCGGAAUAUUUUGCAAUAAACAUAAAAUAUAUUGUUUCUAUACUUAUAACCAACGACCUAAAAUCAAUAGUUUUAUAUAUUUCCAUUGGUUUUUAUAUGAUUACGUCAUUCGCAAUGCUUCAUGGGAUUGUAGUUUGUGCCUUUGUGACAGAUGGGAAGUACACAGUUUUGUACCUUUGUCUUUUUAAACAAUUUUCAAAUAGUUAUUUGCUUCAAAUCAAAAGUUUGUAAUGUGAUUCACCUCGGAGCUGGUUGGUUUGGUUCACGGUUUAGAACUCUCUUAUGAAGGAUUUUUUGAAAAGUCAAUGGGGAAAAUUAAUUGGAAAAAUACUUGUAUUAAAAAUAUAAAAUACUUAAAUAUACUUCUAUUAAAGUGAAUGGUGACUUAGGCUAACAUUAUGCCUAACUUAUCCUUUUUGUGUUCCAUAGAACAAAGAAAAUAAUAUGGGUUUGGAACAACAUGAGAGUGAUUAUUGAUGACAGAAUGUUAUAUUAUUUUUCGGGUGAACUGUCCCUUCUUAUGCUUGAACAAAUGUGACUUUUCCACAAAACGGGGCACAAAGAGGCGCUGUUUAGUUGUCUAGCUGAUCUGUUUAAACUUUGUGACAUAGUGACAACCGACUCGACAGUUAAGUCUUAUAAAACGUAUAAAAAUCCAAUUUAUCCAGUAAAAUGUUACGUGAAACUCACUUUGGCAGUCGGAUGUGCUUAUUGACAGACACAUCACAAACAUAACGAAUGUUUGGGUUUUUCGCCCGCAUAUUCUCCGCGCUCAUUCAUUGGUUCGUCUACUCUUUCGGUUGGCCAAUCAGCACAUUGUUGCUAGGCCAUUCUGCCUCAUCUACUUGCUUACUGUGCUGUCAAUCAAACCAAGAGGUUGAACGGUGAACCCCGAUGCGCAAGUGUGCUGUAUUUACAGAGCGCCGCGCUCGAUGUACUGGACUGAUGAAGAACCCUGGAAACUUUGUUGUGAAAAAUGAUAGCCUAUUGUUUUUGUAUUAAGUUAGAGUUAUAACGAGGGAGAUAUUGUUGGACCUACGCGUUUUUUCCAUUCAAAGAAACCUGGCUGAGUGAGCCAUCCCGGACAGUGUGUUACAUCUGCCGGGCUUUCAGCUGUUCAGAGCGGAUCGCAUCGCGGAGUUAUCGGGGAAAACGACGGAACAUGCUUUUACAUCAACGACUAUUGGUGUACAGAUGUAACAGCAUUGAAGAAGAUGUGCUGUCCUAAUUUAGAGGCGCUCUUCAUCAACUGUAAGCCUUUCUACUCACCGCGGGAGUUUUCCUCAUUUAUUCUGGACCGAUGACACCAGCAACCUCCCACUCCCAAAAUGGUUUGGUUCCCCCCAAUGUUCAAGACAUGGUUACAGCCUUGGUUUGAAUGGAAUAAAAGCAGCGUGACAAUUUUACAGUAUAUCUCCUUUUGUGUACCAGGGAAGAAAGAGAAUCAUAUGACAUAGGGGGAUGACGAAUAUGUUGAACAGAGACAGGCAUUGAACUCAUAAGCAUUGAGCUGUCAUGGAUUGUCUGUGUGUCUGAGCCCACGUCACUGGCAGGUCUCCAGCUCACAGCAUUAAAAGCUGCCUCUCAUACAGUGCAGCCUGUCUCACCGCCCCCUUGCUAACCCGAGGGCAACCUGAACGCAGGACCACACAAUCACAGUUAGCUGACAGGCGACAGCUCACAGAUGCUAUGAUUCAUUUUAUUUAUGUUCUUGUGAAUGAUGUCUUCAGUUUUCAAUGUCUGUGUACGUUUCUGACAUAGCUUCAGUUUUGAACAUCAUUGUGUAUCAAUCUGUAUCAUGUUUGUGACACCAAAGAUGUUGGGUAUGAAUCCAUUAUGUUAAAUGUUCUGUUGUUUAAAAGUGAAUGUUUUUUAUUUAAAAAAAAAUAUAUCCUGUCCCAGCUUAAUGUGCAGAGACAACUAUAUCCAGCCCUGCACCUGAGCCAUAUAUUAGGACCAGAUUAUUAGAGAGUCUUGAGGGUGAACUCUUCUCUCUCCUGACGGUUCACCACGGCCCUCACCUGCGUGCUCCACUGUUUCUCCUGCGAGUCAUCCUGGGCUAACAGGCCCUUCCUGUUCCGCCCCCGCGCAGUCUCUCCCGCUACGAUCACCAUGACGCGCUCGAAAACCUUCCAGGCCUACCUGCCCAACUGCCAUCGCACCUACAGCUGCAUUCACUGCCGAGCGCAUCUGGCCAACCACGACGAGCUUAUCUCUAAGUCUUUUCAAGGGAGCCAAGGCAGGGCCUACCUCUUUAACUCAGUGGUGAAUGUGGGGUGUGGUCCAGCAGAAGAGAGGGUACUGCUAACUGGACUUCAUGCGGUGGCAGACAUAUACUGUGAGAACUGUAAAACCACUCUGGGCUGGAAAUAUGAGCAUGCCUUUGAGAGCAGUCAGAAGUAUAAGGAGGGCAAAUUCAUCAUCGAGCUGGCACACAUGAUCAAGGACAAUGGGUGGGACUGAAGCCCCCGAAUACCCACGGGCCACAUGCUGGAAAGAAAUGUGCAGCAUAUGAAUAAUUAGUUUCAUUAUCUGGCUGUAACUUUCUCCCUGGAAAUCAAUCCACCCGACGCACACCUAGACCCCGAGGGUGCAAGGUUUAUAGCAGCAGUGCUAUCCCCCUCCUGUCUGUACAUACGUGUAUGUGACUGAACAAAUGUGUGCCAGCUAAACACCGUGUUGAUCUUAUGUGAGUAUUUUCCUCUUAAAUUGAAGGCGUGUUUGCAAAUUGAUGUACCUGUACUCAAACAUAUUUAUGCUCUUUUUCUGGGUUGGCAAAGGCCUUUGACAUGCCACAGUUCUGUCCCACACUCAGGUUUAACAAAUGGCUGGAUUUAUGGGUAACUAGGGUGAAAGACUUACCGGUUUAGCAAGUCACCUUUUACUAUAAUUCACCUGUGUUUGUUGUUAGAAAGGCACAAACCUACUAAAGCAGAAGGCUCAUCUAUUUACUUUGUUUAAAUUUUUUCUGUCGUUUCUUUAUUUCCAAUUUCAUCUUUGUCACUUGCAUGUUGUUUAUUUAUACUUAUAUUUAUUGAUCUGUUCAUUUUUGGUUUUAGGGAUUUUACACCUCUGGUAAACCGUAGCAAACACAGUGUUCUUUCUCUGACCUCAUAUAGUGGAAGUAGCAAUGUAUGAUAGAGGUUUGUGAUUACAUUUCCUGUCCAGAUUGUGAUCUCAGUCUCCUUUUGAGUGUGUCUGGUGAUGGAGUAAAUGAGGCAUUCAUAUGCCAUGUAUGGGGCGCAGGGCGCAGGUCGCAUUCAUUUGCUAGAGCCAAGUCUUUAUUCAGCCACAGCUGAGAAAGCAGCUGUUAGGUUUGAAAGGGAACUGAGGCUUUCUCACAGCCAGUGAUGUCCCAUUUGGUGUCUUCAGUUCCCACCAUCAAAACACAAAUUAAAGCAGUAAGUGGCAAACCAGACUUUCUCACCACGAAGAAAGCGGUCGACAGCUACUAAUUGUGGCAACUGAACGAGGUAAUCCAGCAGGGGCUCAUGAAACAAAGCCUUGGCGCAACCAAAGACUCCUUCAUCAACAAUACGCUGACCAAACUGAGUUUGAUUUCCUUGAUUUAGUUGCGUCGCUGUGUGUCGACUCCGUCAUUUGGUUCAGUUGUAUUGUCCAGUGCAGAUCUAGUUGAUUUUCUUUGAUUUAGUCACUUUGGAUGUUAGCAUUAUUACAUUCUGUCUUAUUUUAUUAAGUGUGUAUUUAUGAUCAGUAAUUAAUUAUUGUUUUAGCACACAAUCUUAAGUUUGUGUAUUUAUCGUUCUGUGGGACUGCUCCACCUAUUCCAACAUUGUUUUUUACUCUUUAAAAACCAUUUCAGUGUCUUGGUUUUCAAGGAAGAACGUAUGAGUGAGAUCUACUUUGAAUCAGUAUAUUUUAAUCUGAUAUCAAUAAAGUUCUCAUUUUAUGAA